UAAUAGUAUGAAAGGUUUACAUUUAGAAAUGUGCUUGACUAUCGAACGUAUCGAGUGAAAAAAUAUUUCUUUAAUUUGUUGAAGUUCAAUAGAAACUUUAUGUUUUUAAAAAAUAGUUAUCUUGGUUUUUAAAUUUCAAUAGAUAAACGAAGACGAUGGAAGAAAAUAUGAAUAAAGAUUCAAUUCAAAAAACGGAUACAAAUGUUGUUGUUGUGAAAGCGAAACCAGUACGUCGUGUAUACAAGGGUAAUGGACGAUCUCAACGAUUUAAUAAAAUACCACAAACGAUUUUGGACGAUCCUGAAAUAAAUGGAGCAAUUGAAACAUUACCGAAAAAUUAUAAUUUUGAAAUUCACAAAACCAUAUGGAGGGUGCGAGAUUUGAAAGUCAAACGUGUUGCAUUGCAACUUCCUGAAGGUCUCUUGCUGUAUUCUAUGAUUAUUAGUGAUAUUAUUGAACGGUUUACGGAUGCAGACACAGUUAUUAUGGGUGAUGUAACUUAUGGAGCAUGUUGUAUAGACGACUAUACGGCCAAGGCUUUGGGCGCUGAUUUACUGAUUCACUAUGGUCACAGUUGUUUAAUACCAAUUGACCAAACACAUGAAAUUAAAGUCUUGUAUAUAUUUGUAAAUAUAUUUUUCGAUACAUCGCAUUUCAUUGAAAGUGUUAAAUUAAACUUCCUACCAACGAAACGAUUGGCGUUUGUCAGCACAAUUCAAUUUGUAGCCACAAUGCAUGCUGCAGCGAAAGAGUUACGUGAAUGUGGCUACGACAUUCAUUUGGCACAAUCUCGUCCGUUAAGUCCUGGUGAAAUUUUGGGUUGUACAUCCCCACGAAUACCCAAAGAUACCAUUUUAAUCUAUUUAGGAGACGGUCGAUUUCACAUUGAGUCAGUCAUGAUUGCCAAUCCAACAUUAGAAGCAUACAAAUAUGAUCCAUACGAAAAGAAAUUUACAGAAGAACAAUAUGACCAUUUGGCAAUGCGAACAAAUAGGAAAAAAGCUAUCGAUCGGGCGAAGAAUGUGCAGACAUUUGGUCUAAUACUUGGAACACUCGGCAGACAGGGGUCUGCCAAAGUUAUGCAUUACUUACAAGAUAGAUUGGCUUGUCACAAUAAAAUGGGUUGGCUCGUCUUACUCUCCGAGAUAUUUCCUGCGAAACUAGAUCUCUUCAAAGAUAUCGAUGCUUUCGUUCAAGUAGCAUGUCCACGAUUAUCAAUUGACUGGGGAACUGCUUUUUCUAAACCACUUCUGACACCAUACGAAUUAUCAGUUGUGUUGGGAGAUGCUAAGUGGGAAAUUUCAACUAGCGAAGUUAACGAAAACUAUGCUUACCCAAUGGAUUUUUAUGCAUCGAAGAGUUUGGGAUUUUGGACACCUAAUUAUAAGUCAGAAAAAGAGUGUGAAGGUCAAAAUAUUGGUAAAAAUUGUUGUGGCAAAUGUAAAGACAACACGUCAGUCGUUACAUAAAUCAUUUUGAUAUAUUGUAUUCUUUAUUGCAUUUAAAAACAUUAUUACAAAUGAAUAAAGUUCGGAAAUUUUAUGCUACGUUACGAGCAGAGUUGAA